UCCGAUCGAUCGCUGUUUUCUCGUUAUCAUCUGCGAGGAUUCAUUUCUACGACGAUCGGAUGGCGCUUUUCAGUGGCAUCGUCGCAAUGGAUUAUACUGAGGUUAUAGUGGUCCGUCAUGGAGAAACAGCCUAGAAUUGCGAGGGAAGAGUUCAGGGGCACAUGGAUGUGGAGUUAAAUGAUGUUGGGAGACAGCAGGCAAUGGCAGUAAGCUAAUAGUCAAAAAAGGACAACACAGAGUUAGUACAGUAAAAAGGGUGAAAUGUUAGAAAACAUUGCAAUUAUUUGCUAGAAAGGAAAAGGAAUUAGGGAUUAUAAGACGUUCCCUCGUGUGUCCUAUUAAGCCAUCAGGGGGGAAUUAGUAGUAGUGCUAGUGAGGGAAUGGAAUAUUAACUCAUUGAGUCUUUCAAGAAGUUAUAUAAAUUUUUUUGGCGCCCUAGACCGUUUAGGGUGACUUUUUCGUGCUUGUUCCUUGGAAAUAAGAGACAAAUGGCCUCUUCAGGGAUCUCAAAGACAGUUAAACAGCGGAAUGCAAGACUUGGAUUUCCUAAGAGCGCUUUCAAGAGCGUUAACUGCCCUUUCUUACGAGGCAUUCAAUGCCCUUGAUCUCGCCCAAGGGCCUUUUUUCAAGGAGUGCCGGGUGAGCUUAGUUUUCGUUUACUCUCAGCCUUGCCAAGCCAAGCCGAUAGGCGGUCUUCUUUCCAGUGAAGGCUCGCUUCGUUAUUAGACUGCGCGGUAAGUCUAUCUAUCCCAAACCCAAUUCAAAUUUCAAAAGGGACACUUCAACCGGCAGAAAAUGGUUAUAAGUCCUCAAGGCGGUCGCAUCAACCUACCACCAGUGCAGGCCGAAUCGGGCCACCACUUGGGAUGGGAAUGGCUCAGCCUACAUGCAUCAUUUGAUGAAAGCACUCCAGUCCAGCCGCCUCCUAGAAGUGGCUUGUCAACCACGCUUUCCCUCCCUCAAAAUAUUGCGACUCUUCCAUGCUGUGUCUCAGGAACCUUUUCAAUACGGUUGCUGGUCGGCUUGCAGAGGAGAGCGAAAUCUCGGCUGUUUACUCUUCUGAUUUGAAGCGAGCUCGUCAAACUGCUCAGAUUAUAGCAAGCAGAUGCAAUGUUCCCGAGGUUCGGUUCUCAUUUAUCUUUCUUUCAAAUUGAUUUCUUUUUUUUUUUCUUUUUCUUUUUAGGUUGUUCUUAAAUGAAAACUUUAUCAUCAGAUGCUUUUAAGGCAUCUUUAUCAUCAAGGACGGAUCAAGAAAUUCCGGGAGGUGGAGAAAGUUUAGAUCAACUCUAUAACCGCUGCACAUCCUCAUUGCAGAAAAUUGGAAGGAAGCAUAAAGCUGCAUUUUGGGAUUGAGACAUAUACUAGUCUUACAUUGAGGAUGCUAAACGUUCGAAUGGAUUCAUAUAUGCUUAUUUCUUUCCCAUGUUUUAGUUUAAAUUUUGUCUGCAAUCCGAUUUUGAACUCCUACAUACCACUCAUUUAUCAAGACCACUCCAACCUAUGAUAAUUGAUAUGUUCAAAGAAAAAUGGGGUUCACUGUUCAGUUUCGUAUCCAGUAUACUCAAUUAAUGUAAUAGCAAAGUCUGGCGGUGAAUAUGCAUCUAACAUCUUUCCAUCAUAUGUGUUGUUUGUCAGUGGAUUCUCCACUGAAGCUUAAUAGUUAACCUGCAAAUUCAAUUUCAGGACAGAGAGUGAUAGUGGUAACUCAUGGUGGAGUAGUGAGAGCAUUUCACAAGUAUGCUGCUCCAGCAGAGGAAUUGCCAGGCAAGAUUAAGAAUACAUCUAUUAACAUUUUUCCCAUGGCUGGUGAGGACAAGUGGACCAUCAAAACCUGGGGCGAUAUCCGCCAUCUUAGUAAUAUUGGGUUUCUUGAGACUGCCUUCGGAGGUAACACAAAUUCUGGCUAGCUCCGUCGCGUCUGUAUGAGUAAUGGUAUAUAACUGGCAGUUUGUUGUGUAAAACUCGCUUGGGACUGGGAGUCCUUGAAGCUGCAAGUUUAGACUAAUGGUAUAUGCACUUGACUUGGUCGUGAAUAAUGCCAUGUAAUCUACAAUCAUUUCUUUUAAAUGUAAUAACAAAUUAAACUGCAUUUCCAUCGCAAACAAGAAUAACGGAUGCCCUAUAUUGUUCAAUCCUAAACGCACCAACGGCUAGAGGAAUCCUGAUUUCCCUAAAACAAACGGUGGAUAUUGAUAUUUUUAUAUUGUUUGUUUUUUCUUUGUGAGAAAUAAAACCUCACACUAUCAGUGUCUAUAUUUUAAUAUUAAUAGAAAAUUCGAUGAUUUUCUCAAGUUCAGCAAUAACUCUCACUCGCUUAUCUUACUAUCACACUUGUUCUACUCUCUUCAAAUUAAGCCACCAAAUUCGCAUUCUCACUUGUCCAAUUUCCCGUAAGAGAUACCAACAGCGACAACAUAAUUAUAAAACCAUGGCUUCAUCAACACAACCAUUAGAAUCUGCAUCUAAACAGGAAACUACGGCAGCUCCAUACGGCUCUUGGAAGUCCCCAAUUACCGCCGAUGUUGUCUCCGGAGCCUCCAAACGGCUCGGCGGCACCGCCGUUGACGGUAACGGUCGCCUCUUCUGGCUUGAAUCCCGUCCUACUGAAGCAGGACGAUCGGUUCUUGUUAAAGAAGCGGAUAAACAAGGAGAUAAAACUACAGAUAUUACCCCUAAGGAUUAUUCAGUUCGAUCAACUGCACAGGAAUAUGGAGGUGGUGCAUUUACAAUAUCAGGAGAUACUGUUAUCUUUGCAAAUUAUAAAGACCAAAGGCUUUACAAGCAAUCUGUUGAUUCCAGAGAUUCUCCACCUGUUCCACUUACACCUGAUUAUGGCUCACCCUCUGUUUCUUAUGCUGAUGGAGUUUUUGAUUCCCGAUUUAACCGUUUUGUUACCAUAAUGGAAGAUCGACGAUUAAGCAGUAUGGAUGCAGUUACAACAAUUGUAACAGUUGGCCUCAGUGAUGAGAAUAUCCAAGAACCAAAAGUGUUACUCAGUGGCAAUGAUUUCUAUGCAUUUCCACGUAUCGAUCCUAAAGGUGAGCGGAUAGCAUGGAUAGAAUGGGGUCACCCUAACAUGCCAUGGGAUAAGACAGAACUCUGGGUUGGCUAUAUUUCUGAGAAUGGAGACGUCUAUAAACGCAUAUGUGUUGCUGGUUGUGAUACUGCAGUUGUUGAAUCUCCAACUGAACCUAAGUGGUCCUCCACUGGGGAGCUAUUCUUUAUCACUGAUAGAAGAAGUGGAUUUUGGAAUCUUUACAAGUGGGUUGAAUCUGUAAAUGAAGUGCAAGCACUCUAUCCCUUGGCUGCUGAGUUUUCAAGGCCAUUAUGGGUUUUUGGCACUAACUCUUACGAGCUUAUUCAGAACAAUGAAGGGAAGCACUUAAUUGCUUGCAGCUACAGGCAGAAGGGAAGAUCGUAUCUUGGUAUUUUGGACUAUGCUGAAAGCUCGUUAUCUCUGCUUGAUAUUCCUUUCACAGACAUAGAUAAUAUUAGUUCAGGGAACAAUUGCCUAUACAUUGAAGGAGCAUCCGCCGUUCAUCCACCAUCAGUGGCUAAGCUGGAUUUGGAUGACCGAGGAUCCAAAGUGGCUGAUUUCAAGAUUGUUUGGUCGUCAUCACCUGAUAGUUUAAAGUACGCAUCCUAUUUCAGCUUGCCAGAGUUCAUUGAAUUUCCAACAGAAGUUCCUGGCCAAAAUGCAUAUGCAUACUUUUAUCCACCUUCUAAUCCCAUGUACCAAGCCAGUCCAGAAGAAAAACCUCCGUUGUUGUUGAAAAGUCAUGGAGGACCUACUGGUGAUACACGUGGAAUUUUAAACCCGAGUAUCCAGUACUGGACCAGUCGAGGUUGGGCCUUUGUGGAUGUAAAUUAUGGUGGAAGCACUGGUUAUGGCAGAGAAUAUCGAGAACGGUUAAUAAAAAAUUGGGGAAUUACUGAUGUUAAUGAUUGUUGCAGUUGUGCUAAAUUUUUGGUGGACACCGGAAAGGCUGAUGGUGAACGGCUGUGUAUAACUGGAGGCUCAGCUGGUGGUUAUACAACAUUAGCUGCUCUUGCUUUUAAAGAAACAUUUAAGGCUGGUGCAUCAUUGUAUGGUGUUGCAGACUUAAGCAUGUUGAGAGCAGAAACUCACAAAUUUGAGUCUCAUUACAUUGAUAACCUCGUUGGUGAUGAAAAGGAUUACUUUGAGAGAUCCCCAAUAAAUUUUGUUGAUGGAUUUUCUUGCCCCAUAAUUCUAUUCCAAGGGUUAGAAGAUAAGGUUGUAGCCCCUGAUCAAGCUCGUACAAUAUACAAUGCAUUGAAGAAAAAGGGUGUGCCAGUUGCUCUUGUUGAGUAUGAAGGAGAACAGCAUGGUUUUCGAAAGGCCGAGAACAUUAAAUUCACAUUGGAACAACAAAUGGUGUUCUUUGCACGUUUGGUUGGACACUUUAAUGUUGCUGAUGAGAUUACUCCAAUCAAAGUUGAUAACAUAGGCUGACCGCGUGAUAUCGAGGUAUCUAAUUCAUGUUCUGGAGCUUAGGGAUCUGCUGUUAUGGUUGCACAGCAGUAAAAAUGAGCUUGAGAAGUUCAGAUGCCCAUGGAAUAGCGACAAGCUUGUACGAUAUAAUUGCUUUAUCUGAUAGAAAUUCUGGGAACCUGAAAGAUGACUAUAUUGUCAUGUUCUCUGUUGUCAUAACCUGACUAGAAAUUUGCUUCCAGUUUAUUAUUUUAAUAACAUAAGCCCACACUGUUUUGGGAUGCUACUUCUUAUGGUUGAUUCUAGAGCUAAUAGACAUGGCAUCAUCAUUGCAGGGCUUGUAAUGGGGAAAAAUCAUUAUCAAUUGUUUGCAAGUUUAUUAUAA